AUGCUUCGUGUUAAUUAUUAGCAUGUGGAAAGAUAUGCCGAGACUCUCCCGCAGUUAUGUUUGUACCAGAAGGGAGAAAAGUUACACAAGAUGGCAAAACACACAGAUCCGGAAUGAAGGGGCACCGAUCCCCACUGAUUUAAAAUCCGCUUUUUCCCAUUUCCGCGAUCAGCAGCGCAGAUGCAGCUGUGCCAACGGAAAAGUCUAAUGUGUUUCCUGUGGGAAAUGCCAUAAGGUCAAGAGAAGGUUUGACUCUAAUGUUCGAGUAAGCAAAGUAAACAUCAAGGAGAGAACUUACCACAGCCUUGUCAAUGCCACAUGAUCAUUCUAGAAGACAAGAAGAUGCUGAUACAUUUGAAUUUUGGUAAAUAAAUGCCCAUGCACAAAUUACUGCUGCUCAAAGGAAGAAUAAAUAAAAAAAAAUCAAGACUCUGAACACAGAAGAUUUUUAUUAAGCAAGAAACAAAGUGCUGCUAGUCCUGUGCUCUAGGCUAUGAUGUUUCGUGACCAGGUUGGUGUCCUGAACAGUUGGUUCAAGGGGUGGAAUGAGUGUGAACAGACUGUAGCCUUGCUGUCGCUGCUGAAGCGUGUUAGUCGGACGCAGGCCCGCUUUCUGCAGCUUUGCCUGGAGCAUUCUCUUGCAGAAUGCACCGAACUACAUGUACUGGAGGGAGAGGCCAACAACCCAGUGAUGAUAAGCCAAUGGCAAAUUGAGCCCAAAGAAAGGGUCAUCUCUCUAGUCCUGAGCCAUCUCCCAUUAUUGAAGCCUGGAAAUGUGGAAGCCAAGGGGGAAUACAUGUGCCUGCUCCCCAAAAUCCUGGCACACACCAUUGAGCAUGGGCGCCACCUGGAGGAGAGUCGGCAGCUGCUGUCUUAUGCCCUAAUCCAUCCUGCCACCUCCCUGGAGGACCGGGCAGCACUUGCGCUGUGGCUCAAUCACCUUGAGGAGCGGGUUGCAGCGAGAGGAGCUGGGGACUCUUUGGAGCGGUCCUCCACACCCCACCAGCAGCAUCCUCAGCUGUACCCACAUCAUCAGCGUUACGGUUCAGACGAUCGGCUCAACGGCUGGCAGAGCUCCCGGGAUUCUGCUCUAGGGAGCUGGCAGCAGCAGCAGAGCACAGAGAAUGGGCACCUCCCUCUUUACCCUGCUUCCUCUCUCCCUUCUACCAUCAACACGGUGGGCUCUGGCAGUGGGACCAUCACUAUCCUGUCUGGUGGGCAGCACAGCCCCCUGAAGCGCUCAGUGUCCCUGACACCUCCAAUAAGUGGUACUGCAAGCCAGGCCCUGGGCCAUGUUUGGCUGUCUCAGGAGGAUCUGCGGGUCCGUGGCCCAGCCUCCGACCAUGCCCCCCUCUCCCCCCAAAGCAGUGUGGCAUCCUCAGGAAGCGGGGGCAGUGAGCAUUUGGAGGAAGGUUCUGGCAUGGGUGGUGCAGUACACCGCAGCACAUUCCAUGAGGAGGGCAGUGGCAUGAGAGAUGUACCGGCUUGGUUGAAAAGUCUCCGCCUCCACAAGUAUGCAUCUCUGUUCUCAACCAUGACCUAUGAUGAAAUGAUGUCACUCACAGAACAACAGCUGGAGACCCAGAAUGUUACUAAAGGGGCAAGACACAAGAUUAUUAUCAGUAUUCAGAAGCUUAAGGAGAGGCAAAACGUUCUUCGUUCCCUGGAAAAGGAUGUUUUGGAAGGAGGUAAUCUACGUGCCCCUUUACAGGAGCUUCACCAGAUGAUCUUGACACCCAUAAAGGCUUGCAGGAACUUGGAGCCAGGACAACACUCCUUGCUUAGUGCUGAUGGAAAGGAAAAUCUCCCAAGUUCACACUUAAGUGGAAGUGAAGCGGAAUCAGGCGUUUCAGCCAAUGCAGAAGAUGACAUCCCUGCCCAGUUUACUCGUGUAAUGGGCAAAGUUUGCACACAGCUACUUGUCUCCAGACCAGAUGAAGAGAACAUCAGUUCCUAUCUCCAACUAAUUGACAAGUGUUUGACCCAUGAGGCUUUUUCAGAGACACUGAAAAAGAGACUCUUGUCCUGGAAACAACAGGUGCAGAAGUUGUUUCGUUCCUUUCCAAGGAAAACUCUCUUGGACAUAGCAGGAUAUCGGCAGCAGAGAAGUCGUGCUUUUGGCCAAUCUAGCUCCCUCCCAACUGCCAGUUGUGUUGGGGGAGGCCUGUCAGCACGGAGAAGCUUGCGCCAGUUCCACUUGCCAUCACGAAGUCUCCCUGGAGCAAGGUUGGGGCUACUGGGUACCUCGGGCAUUUUGGGACCAACUCCACGUGCUGCCAGCAGCACCCCGAACAGCCUGAAACAAGGCAGGCAGGGUCUAUGGUUUGCCAACCCUGGAGGAAGCAACAGCAUGCCCAGCCGGACACACAGUUCCGUGCAGAGAACCCGCUCCCUGCCUGUCCACACGCCACACACACUGCUUACAUUUCAGCAGAGUGAUCUCCAGGUGUCAGUGACAGAACCAGACAUCAACAACCGCCUUGAGUCUCUGUGCCUGAGUAUGACAGAGCAUGCUUUGGGAGAUGGCGUUGACCGAACAUCAACAAUCUGAGUGUGGAGAGAGAACACUUGGAGAAAAUGAGCUGCCUAUGCAUUGAGUGAAAGGUUCUACCCCAGACCUGGGCCUGCCUGCCACCUUUUCCUCUAACUAGGAGCCAACUGCCCUGGUGGAUGGCAAGGUGUAAAAAAAUAAAUGCCAUUUCAUUUGUGAACAAAAAUGAUAUGUUUACAAACAAGAUAUUUUUUAGAAUGAAGGUAUAACAGAAAAUAGUCUAUGCCCAAGGGACAGGAUGGUGAAAAAUAUACUGAAACUACAGUUACUAGUAUUUUUAGGAGUCUACAGCUAUAGUGUGUAAAUUUUGUAGUAGACAUUAUCUCAAAUGAUUGGCUUUUUUCCAGAGAGACAAAAGGUUCAUAGUGGUUAAGCUUUACGAUGAAAGUGCACCGUUUUGCAUUUAGCCAGCAGCUAAUGCCCACUUCAAAAUCACCAGCAAACUAACAAGUUAAUGAUGUUUGCUUUGUCGGUUGGUUAUUUGGUUUUUAAACAAAGGAAAAAAACAUUUAUUGUUUACAUAAAAUGUUAUGUCUAAGGGUACGGAGUAAUAUGAGCUUUUAUAGCUUUCAGGUGUGAAUGCUACCGUUUCUACAUGAUCUUUAUUUUAUUUCCAUAUUGUAGCAUUCAGCAUAGUUAAUUGUUUUGCUUACCUGUAGUGAAUCUGAGAAAGUACAUGUAUGUCUGUUGUGUGGAUUCAGGCUAAUUGAGUACAAGGAAAACCAAGACAAAGGAGUGAGAAUGGAAGGUUUGUGAGAAUGGAGUUCAGUGGAUAAUGUGCUGGAAGAAAAGUUGUGGGGAAAAAGAAAGUUUAUUGAUAGAAUGUCACGUGAGGCAAUCACAUUGUCAUGGUUCAGUUUCAGAGAAAAAGGGACAUGAAUUUUAGAAGGAAAUAUUGAACACAAAAGUUACAAGAAUGUCAAACAGGUAGCAAAAGCAACGAUAAGAUUAAUAUGUGAUUUUCAUUCCCAUUUGCUAGCAUUUGCAAAUGGUAAAUUGCACUGUUUUGUGUAUGGUUAUGUAAUACUUAAGUUGUAAAAGUUGUGCAUGUUGUGCUAAAUAGUGUCUUAUGUUGGAUAAACAGGUAAAUAUUAAAAAUUGAUAUUUUGCUUGUCCUAGGAUUGUGGGUGUUUAGGUAGAUAAGUGUAAAGUAAUAAUAAGUUUAAAUGGAUUUUAUGCAUGACUGUUAAUGGUCUAAUAAGCAGGAGAAAGAUACCAGCUAUGUUCAUCUUUAAAAUAUAAGGAAAGGUAAGGUUUACUGAAGAAUGAAUUCAUGAACUGGUUAAAUGGAAAAUUAUAUAUAUUCCUUUUUAUAUAAAAUCCUUUAGCAAGUAAGCAAAACCAUUAAGAUAAAUAUUUCCAGUCACAGAAACCUUGUUCAAUAGUUUUUAGUACCAUCUAGUGGUCAUAUUUAGGAUAGUUCCAUCUGGUGGUCAAAUUUUACAGAUUUCCAAAACGUUUCCCUUUAACUAAAUUUUCAAACUACAUGUACUUGUCUAAUUCAGUCUUUGUCUUAAAUUAAUUUUGUAUGACCCUGUGGCAUUUGUUUUUGUAUUAAUCUUGGUUUUAAAAUUACAAUUUCAGUUUCCUAUAUCUCAGUUUUCACUGUAGACAAAAGUCUUUCCAUUUACUGGAAAUGGGUAGUGUAUUUAGUUCACAUAAGGGUUGUAUGGGGUUUUCAAUUCAAAGUCUUUUUUUUGACAGUAAGCCUGCUACUACUAUCCCAGAAACCACAGGGAACGAGGUAGGGUACAAAAACAUAGGUCACCCAGCAAUCAUCAUUUACCCUGAGUAAUUUUAGGGUGCUUUUCCACUGCACCAAGUGCUGUACUUUCGGUACUUUUGCUUUUUCCUUGACUUCCGGUCAAGUACCAGUACCAACGUUCCAGUACUGAAAGUGCCAAACCAGCUGGGGUACUUCUUUGGUACUUCGGUACUUUGGGGUGGGACUUGAAAUACUUUCUUUGUCAAUUGGUUAUGCAACUAGUCUGCCGCUGACACACAAUACAAACGCCCCAUUGACAACAGUUGCGAACUCUGAAAAUAAUGAUAAAGUUAAAAAGGUUGUAAGAACAUAUGCAUCAAAAAGAUCUGGAUGAGGUAAGGAGCAUGCAUUGAUUACAGUGCAUUGCCACACCCAUCACAUGACAAACCAUGAGAACCUGAGUGUAGCCAUGCAGUGGGCAAUACUGUACCUCAGCACCACACUAGUCUGAAUGGACCAGCAUGAGUGUUUUUUUUCCAGUGGCUGGAGUGCCUAUGCUGCUGGAUUUAGAUUAACAUCAUACUCAGGAUGAAGAAAUUGCAGGUUAAGCGCCUUGCUCAAGGGCCCACUGGUGUAGAAUCACUCCAGGCAUUCACAGGAUUUGAACCAGCAACCUCUAGCCUCGGAGCCACCACUUCAGUUUGGACAGCAUGACAAGAAAUGAAAAAGCAUUUUGUUUAAUAUACUAAUACAGUGCGCAUAUAAUAUGCUAUCCUAGCGAUGUGAUUUUGUUGUAAUAAAUAUUGGGGUAUUUCUAAAACAAAAAAGGAGUUCAUAAAUUUCUCACAAACCCGUCUUCGAGUGAUGUAAAUGGCAAGGAUGAAAAUGAUUAAGUUUGUCUCGGAGAACACAUGCAGCUCUCAUGUAAAACAGCAGAUAUAAAUCUAAACUCUUAACUCUCUUACCUCUUUUAAACAUAUAAGAAUCUAUAAAAGGAAUAAUAAUAAAAAUUGCAAAGCUUGCUGUUUUUUUUCCCUGAGGGAGUAACAGAAUAAAAAUAUUUUAGUCAAACUGUAACCCCCUUAAUGUCUGUACAGAACUGAAAGUAAGAAAAAACCUUAUUUAGCGAUGUAGGAAUUCUAUGUGCAUGACAUGCGAUGUCAGUAAUAAUAUUGCACGCCGCCAAGCCAUAUAAUAUACUACAGCCAUUCUUCAAAUUCAAUUCAAAAUACCCUGCCUCGAGUUGUGAUAUCAUUCAGCGCUGGUACCAAUUUUUACGCCAGUUAAACCAACACCUUGAAGUACAGUACGAUUUGGUAUGAUUGAAACUACUUCUUUUAAACCACAACUUUGGAGAUGGAACAGGGAAUGUCCAAUGAGCCACCAUACCCUAAUUUCCUGUUUUUUUUCCACACUUGUCAUUGCUUUUGCUCAUAAUAAAAAAAGAUUAUCAGGACAUGCAAACAAGCUUGUCAAAGAAGUUAGAUUUUAUAUAAAUCAAACCUUGUCUGACCUAAUUUUAGAGAGAUGCAGCUUUUUUAGGAAUCAUUUAACGUUUUCAUCCAUACAAUGAUACAAUAUUCUCCAAACCUUUAACCUUGGAAACCUGUGUAAAUGUAAACAGUGUAUUCAGAGGAAACUGGUGACAUUGGGAAUUGCAUGUUAUGCUUCCCAAUUUAUCUUCCGGUUCCUCUGGUUAGAAAAUAUAUAAGAACACAUCAUUGACCAGCUGAAGGUGGAGAAAUGCAUAGAAAUCUAAAUUUAGUGUCAGCCUCACAAUCAUCCUUGAAUGUGCAUUUCAGUUAGAACACUUCGCUGUGUGUAAAUUUUUCCCUGCAUUGCCUAAAGCUGCAUGGUGGUAUUAAAAAAAAGUAUACUGGGUAUAAUUUUGUAAUAAAUGUGCAUAUAUGGAAAAAAUGUCUUUUUAUACAAUUUACCUUUUAAGGAAAAGCCACUUAAAAUCUCUGCCAUAUAAAUAAAUACUAUUUGCAGACCUCAACAGUUAUUUAUUGGUUUUCCUAUUUCUAUAUAUAUAUAUAUAUAUACACACACACACACACACACACACACCCACACGCACUACCAGUCAAAAGUUUUAGAACACCCCAAUUUUUUUUUAUUGAAAAUUAUGCAGUUUAAUGUCUCAUUGCACUCAAAUGAGAGCAUAGUACAAAUAAGCAAUUGGAGUUAAAGAAGAAAUCAUGGUAUCAAUUUAUAGACCAAAAUGUAUUCUAAACUUUUGACUCAUCAAAGUAGCCACCUUUGGGAGAUAUAACAGCUGAACACACUUGUGGCAUUCUUUCUACAAUAGAAAUCAAAUAUUCUUCAGAAAGUUCUUCCCAUAUCUGUUGCAGAAGUUCCCAUAAAUGUGUGGCACUUGUAGGUUGGUUUGCUUUCACUCUCUUGUCCAGUUCAUCCCAAACCAGCUUGAUGGGGUUUAAGUCUGGAGACUCUGCUGGCCACUCCAUGUAUUCAAGCUUACCAUCUUGUUCUUUUUUCCUGAUGUAGUUCUGGCAUAGCUUGGACUUAUGUUUUGGGUCAUUAUCAUGCUGUAAGAUGAACCCCUGACCAACUAGGCGCAUACCAGAGGGUAUUGCAUGGCGCUGCAGAAUGCUGUAGCCGUUUUGGUUCAGGGUGCCUCUCCCUGUACAAGUCACUGACCCUGGAUCCAGCAAAACAGCCCCAGACCAUCACACUUCCUCCUCCAUGUUUGACAGUUGAUGCCACACACUGUGGAAUCAUCCUUUCGCCUACUCGACGGUGUACUAAGAUGAACUGAAGUGAUAUUGCAAUAUACUGAAGAUUUCAAAUUUGGAUUCAUCAGUCCAUAAUACAUUCUUCCAGACUUCAGUAGUCCAAUGCCAGUGUUUCAUGGCCCAGGCAAGCCUCUUUGUCUUAUUCUGAUGUCUUAACAAUGGUUUUCUUGCUGCAACUCAUCCUGUCAAACCUGCAGCUCGAUGUCUUCUCUUCACAGAAGACUUGCUUACUACGACCACUAUUAAGCUGUGCUUGAAGCUGUGGUCCUGUGAGCCACCUAUCACGCAACCUGUUAACUCAGAAACUUGUCCUCUGAUGCAGUUGUGGCUUUGGGUCUGCCAGACCUCUUCCUGUCAGAUUUUGCCCUAGUUUCUGAGUGCCUUUUGAUGGUGAAGGAAACUGUGCUCACUGACACCUUUCUUUGCAAUUUCUCUGUAGGAAAGACCUACAUUUUUAAGUGUUAUGGUUGUCUGUCUCUCAUCCAUUGUUAAUUGCCUUUUUCUCACCAUUUUUGUAGCAACACACUACUUUCUGCAGGUACAAUACUGUUCAACUGAUGCUCAAAAGGGUAUGGUACCACUGUGUGUUCCAACACUGCCUUUUAUGCAGACAGAGGGGUUUGUAAGUAAUCCAGAAAAGUUGGAACACCUGUGGGAAUUAGUAGCACCAGCUUUCAAGGCUUGAUCAACCUCCAUUGCUGCAGAACAGCUUUAAAUUGUUAACCCAUUUUGUGUUCCCUGAAAAAGGUCUUUUUGUAUAAUUCUGACAUGUACAUUACAAGGCAUUGUACAAAUGUACAAGGCAAACUUACCUUUUUUUAACCUCUGGCAGUUCACCACUUACCUUUGUACCAUUUCAAGCUAUUCAUUGGACUUGAACUACUUGAAUUGCAAUAAAUAACUGGGAACAGUGCUUGAAGUGGGCCGGAACGCAGCGGAACGCAGUUCCGGAACUUCUGUAUUUUCAUCUUUUGGGUUCUGCCACUUUUUUCUGCGUUCCGGUACUUACUGAAACUGAUCCGACGCAGCGACAGUGGCCCGAGAAUAGACAAUAUCACAAGACCGAUAAAAGACUACAUUACCCACGAGCCACGACAGUGCCCUAUCAUAUGCAUCCACUGAGUCCCAACCAAUCGCAUCAGCUGUAGCCCUAGUCUAUUGUUAGGCCUACAAGUAUCACACUGGUCUGGUUCAUGUUGUUUUAAUGGUUUUUCAGUAUUCCAUUUGUGAAUUAGAAAAAAGUAGCCUAUGCCUAUACUGUAGGUUAUUGCUUGGAAGAAUGAUUAAAUUAAAAUAGUUUUUGAACCAACACAUCCUGGUUGACAAUUCACCGCACAAAUGUCAAAUGUCAGAAAAUUAGAGUUCCUGCACUUAUUUUUUCCCACUUCAAGCACUGACUGGGAAAAUUGGGGUGUUCUAAAACUUUUGACCAGUAGUGUGUGUGUGUGUGUGUGUGUGUGUGUGUAUAUAUAUAUAUAUAUAAAUGCACACACUUGUUAUGGCUUGCUAUUGCUAUGGCUGGUGUCCAUAAAUAUUGCUCAAAUUAACGUAUGUCAAUGAUUCCGUUGCCAGAAAAAGUCUUGAAUGCAUAUAAAUUGAUAGUGAGAUUUAGUGAAUUUUUGUGUUUAAUUUAUAUUUGAAGCAAAAUGGUAAACAGUUCACCAAAAGUGUUUCUUUCAGUCCUAAUAUUGACAGAGGUAGCAGGUUUUCAGAUGAACCCACGUGUUGCUCUAUCAACUUUAAAACAAGUCAAAUCCAUUUGUUUAUACUGAUAUUUUAAAUGUGAAAAAAUUACAUAAAUGGAAUAGGAUUUGUGCAGAAUCCUGCAAUAGUGAUAUUUUUCCAUUGUGUAUUCAUUGGCAUUUUGUAUUAGUGCCAAUAUUAUUUUGUAUAUUGCAAUAUCACUUCAGUUAUAAAUUCAUAAAGAUAAAACUAUGAUAAAUUCUGCCAUUUAUAUGUGAAUAGGAGGGGUCAGUGUGUGUAUUUGUAUAAAAAUCAUGUUUGAGGAAAUGACAAAGUAUGAAAGAAACCAUUUUUAUCUUGUUGAGAUGCAUGUACAAAGCUGAGAGGUCAUAUAUAUAUUUAGAAUAACAAAUGGCAGUGGCUUUUAUAUACUCUACUUUUAGCCAGUAUGUCAAUAUUUUAUACUGACUUUAAUAACAAUGAAAGAAAUUACAGCUGUGUUCAUGAUGCUAGCACAAUCAUUCAUGACAAUCAGUAUUGUUUGGUUGUAGGAAAAUUGGACAGCAUCUUCUUGCUGCCAAGAAAUCAGCUCAUUAUGAUAUCAAACUGUAUUGUUACUCUCAGUGUAGAAACGAAAUUUUAAGUACAAAAUGUCUGGGAUGUGUGAAUGUUUUAAAAUGUAUGUAUUUUCACCAAAAAUGCACAACAGUGAUAGCACAACAGUUUAUUCACUACUUCAGAUACAUGUCAGAUGAUAUAUUACAAAGGAUGGUUGCCAGUGAAAUAUUAAAAGGUUCAAAUUUGGAAAUCCUGGUUUCAGAUACUGUAAAUUGAUGUUUAGAAUAGGGUCCAGGCAUGGUUUACAAUUGACUGGGACACAAGCCAACAACUUUCUAUGGAAAUGAAACAAUUUUCAAAAGAACCUUUACAGUGCAGUGAAAAUGUAUAAAUGUUGCAAUGUAACACUAUGUGUUUCAGUUACAGCAGGAACAAUGUCUGUCUGUAUUUAUGUAUGUAAUUAUUUGUACAACAAAUGAAUCUCUUUUUUUUUCCC